UUAAAUCAUGAGUGUAGGAAAAUUAAAAUUCAAAGGCUCUUUUGGAGAAAAACAAGAGAAAAAUGAAUAAAAAAUCAGAAAUAAAGUAGAAAGGGAGGAACUUGCUUAAGAUGAAUAAUAAUUCUUAGAGAAAAUUCAAGAAAAAGGACCAGCAAAAAGAGUAGUAAUUGAUAAACCAUUAUAAGAUGGUUUAGGGAUGAUAUUUACUUCUGGGACAUCUGUUCAUGGUUAAGAUACUUAAUUCUUAAAACAACUAGAAGCUGGAGAUUUCUUAGUUAUUCUUAAUGAAUAAACAUUAGAAAUGGAAUCAAGAGAAAUAUUAACAAUGUUGAAUUAAAAGUCUCUAUUGAUAAGAGAGGCAUUUGGUUAAGAUAUUCCAGUGUUCAAACCGUAUUAAUUCCGUAAAAAACCAACUGUCGAGGAAAUGAAAAGCUUAGAGGAUAGAUUAGAAGAGAAAUUCGCAGGAGUGGCUAAGAAAAUUAAGAAAUAAAAAUAAACACUUGAAAUGCGGUAAAAGAGUGGAAUGUGGAGUUAUAAGACUGAUAAAAUGGCUGUUGAUGGGGAAUUAAGUAGAGAAGAUCUAGUUUUAAUGAGAUCAAAAUAAAGUCGCGAUAGGCAUUGUUGGCACUGA